GCUCCACGCCAGGUCAUGAUUUUCCCAAUUGUUUACAACUGGGUGAUUAUCAUUCUGAGGACAUGUUUUAUUACAAUUGCACGGAGCUACCUGCCUGUGUGGCUCACACUGGACUAUCUGGCAGACCUCAUGUAUUUACUCGACAUGGUCAUCACUGUUCACACAGGUUACUUAGAUCAAGGCAUUCUGAUUAAAGAUCUCACUCAAUUAAAGAAACACUACCUCCACUCUAAACAUUUUUUACGAGAUCUGGUGUCCGUGCUUCCAACUGACCUCCUCUACUUUGCCUUUGGCCUCCAAACUCCACUGGUGAGAAUCAACCGCCUUCUUCGUUUGCCAAGACUGAGUGAGGCACUGGACCGCAUGGAGACGAGAACGUCAUACCCCAACACCUUUCGCAUAUCCAAACUCAUGAUCUACAUCUUUGUGUUGAUUCACUGGAACGCCUGUCUCUACUUUGCACUCUCCAGCUACGUUGGCUUCGGAAGUGAUUUGUGGGUGUAUCCAAACAUCACUACACCACAAUUUGCAUCUAUGCGCCGUCAGUACUUUUACUGCUUCUGGUUCUCUGCCCAGAUUUUUACCACAGUGGGGGACACUCCUCUGCCAGAAAGGGAAGAGGAGCAGUUGUUUAUGAUUGCAGACUUGCUCAUUGCUGUGCUGGUAUUUGCAUCCAUUGUCGGCAAUGUUGGUAACGUGAUCUCAAGUCUAAGCAACCGUGACAAUGUCUUUUUCCCUAACCAUGAGCUUGUAAAAGCUUACCUGCGUAGCCAUCACAUUAGCAAGGAUCUGAGAAAGCGCAUUGACAACUGGUACCAGCAUUUGCACAUCAACAAGAAAAUCAUGCGAGAGAAUGAAAUCCUGCAGCAGCUGCCUUUACAUCUACAGACAGAGAUUGCUGUCAGUGUCCACCUCCCCACACUUUCCAAAGUCACAAUUUUCCAAAACUGUGAGAAGAGUUUGCUGGAGGAGUUGGUGCUUAAGUUAACACCCCAGGUAUUCAGUCCUGGAGAGUAUGUUUGCAGGAAGGGUGAUGUGGGCCAUGAAAUGUAUAUCAUCAAAGAAGGAAAACUAGCAGUUGUGGCAGAUGAUGGAGUCACAGAGUUUGCUGUUCUCAGUGAUGGGAAUUUCUUUGGGGAAAUAAGUAUCCUCAACAUCAAAGGUAACAAGUCUGGCAACCGUCGUACUGCCAACAUCCGAAGCAUUGGCCACUCUGACCUGUUCAGCUUGUCCAAAGAAGAUCUUACAGAUGUGCUAUCAGAAUUUCCUGCAGCCAAACAUCACCUAGAGGAAAAGGGCAGACAGAUUCUUACCAAAAUGGGAAUGUUAGAAGACAGUGGUGAGGGAGAGCCAGCAGAGGCAGAGAAGGUGGAAACCAAGAUAACAAGGCUGGAGACAAAUUUGGAGGCCUUGCAGACAAAACUAGCUCGGCUAAUGGUGGAACUAGAGUCGAGCAAUCGCAAAAUGCAAGCCAGGGUACAACAGCUGGAGUGGGAGGUGGCAGCUGUAGAAACUCAUCUGCCACAGGAUGAAGAGGAAGGAGAAAGAGGUGAAGGAGUUGGAGGCGAGGUAGUAUGGGAAAGAGAAGAAGCGGAAGGUGAGGAACAGGAUGGUGCUGAUGCAAAGGGGGAAAAAACAGGACAGAGAGAGAACAAUAAUGAUGUGGCCAAAGAGGGGGAUGGAGAGAGCACUAAAAGCACAAAAGAGGACGUUGAAAGGAUGAUUGAGGGAGAUAAAUCUGCUCCUAAUGUUACCCAGGACCAGGUGAAUGGAAAAGGGAACAGUGAACACCAAAAACAAGAAAAGGAAGAUAACAGACAUGGUAAAGGAGAUGGAGCCGAGAUUGACUCUGAAGAAAAGAAAGAAAAAGAAAAUGGAGAGAGUAAAUCUGAAGAACAACUUGAAAAGGGUAAAGAGGACCGUAUACCAAUGGAGCAAAAAGAUGAAGAGAAGAAAAAUUGAAAUAACAACAACGACAAUAAUCAUAAUAGUAACAACAACAACAAUAAUAUCACCAUCGUUCAACACAUAAUUUUUGACAAAGUUUGUGCCGCUAGAUGGCAGCAUUGCCGUCCCCGUUUAAAGAAUAUGCAUUAACACAUAUAGUUUUGAAUUUUUAUUAAUAUUUUCAUCAAAUACAGCAAAUAAUGUCAAAGAAAAUAAAGUAUAUAAUGUAUAAAAUUAAAAAUGCUACAUUGCUAUUAUGUAUUUUGUUGUUUGCUACUUUUCUUAUAUAUUUUUGUCAUAGUGAAAACAGGUAUAUA